AUAAGAUUAUUCAUCAUCAGAACGAACCUCAUCCCACUGAACCCCGGUAUGCCACAAUGGCCUACAAUCACUUUCCGUGAUUCGGAUGACGAUGUAAGUUUUUACACGUAUUUUCGUAGCUUAUUUUAUUUCUAUUUGAAUGCAUUUGAGCUUAUUUUAUUUUGCACGAAUCCACUUUUAUUUUGAUAGAUAUUAGAUGAAGUUGAUCAAAUAUUCAUGGAAAACCCCCUGGUUCUGCCCUUGUAUCAUCAAGUGGGUUCCGGAUUCGAGCUCAGGGCCCUAUGUAUAUGGCUGGUUCCGAUGAACGAUCGGUGUGUAUUUUUCUUUUUACAUGAAUGUCUUUUUUUAAAAAAUGUUUGAUUAUUACCGAAAACUUAUCUUUAUUUUUACUUUUCAGAUCGAUGAGGCGAUUGUUCUCACAGAAAAGUCUCGUCGCCGAAACCACAAGUACCAAGCCGAGGAAAUUACUUUCCGGCACAGUAUAGAUAUUGAACGACUGCCUUAGGACGUACAAGGAAUCCCAAUGGUGGUGUAUAAAGGAAGAGAGAGGGCACAACGAAUCAAUUUGUGGCUCCAUGAUGGACAUUACGAUGUCGUCAAAUCCCUCAAAUGGUUUUUUGCUAGCAACCAUUAUUGCACAGCAUGUGAAAAGCCGUAUGAUCACCGGGAACGCCAUCGGUGUGAGAAUGCGUGUCCCAUAUGUUUGAGGAUGGACUGUGCUCCAGGUCAGCCCCAAUGAUGCCCGGACUGUGACCGCCUUUGCCGGUCAGAUGCCUGUUAUUCAGCACACAAAGCCCUGUCUGGAAACCAGGAGUUUUCGCUUUGUGACAGGUGCUCUGAAGAAGUCUGAUGACAAGUUCAUUUUCUUUGACUUUGAACGGACCAGUCUUCAGGGGAGCAUCUUGUAAAUUUCGCGGUGGCUCAGUAUGCCGACGACACUAAGAAAGUGUUUCCGGGCUAUGAGGCGUGCCGAGAUUUCUGUGCCUGGCUCUUCACCACACAGCACAAGGGCUACACCGCCGUGGCACAUAACAUGAAAGGGUUCGACGGACAGUUCGUGAUGGCCUGGCUCCUGGAGCAAGCCGGAGGUGAUAGGCACAGCGCCCGGUCUAACGGGUAUAUGAUCAUAUGUUUAAGACAUCGAGUCUAAACAUACGGGUCAUAGACUCGUUAAAUUUUCUACCGAUGGCGCUUGCCGGGCUGCUUCGGUCUCAGCGAAUUGAAAAAGGUUACUUCCCCCAUCUUUUCAACUCCCGAGAAAAUCAAAAUUAUGUCGUACCGCUACCUGAGGCACGGUACUACAGCUCGGAUACUAUGAGUACUCCAGCCCGACAAGCUUUCAUGUCUUGGCACGAAGAACACAAGGGGAACAUAUUUAAUUUUCAAACAGAGAUGCUGGCCUAUUGCAGAUCGGACGUGGAUAUUCUUCGUCGCUGUUGCCUGGAGUUUCGAGCCCAGUUUUUGGAUGGGGCGGCUGUGGAUCCAUUCCAAUACGUAACCAUUGCGUCAGCGUGUAUGGAAACGUAUCGGCGUGGCCACAUUCAGCCCAACACGAUUGCCAUGGUACCCACACACGGAUAUGUGAACUCCACGAAUUACUGCCCUGAUUCAAUCCGGUGGUUGGACUUUGUUGCUGCUUCGGAAGGCAAUGCCAUUAAACAUGCGUUGAACGGUUCCGGAGAUCAGAAUUGCCGGAAUCUCGGUAGACGGUCUGCCAAGCAACUCAAACCGUCUAUCAGUUUCAGGGCUGUUUCUUCCAUGGAUGUAGUUCGUGCUAUGACGGUGAUGUCAUCCACCCCUUAAAAGGAGUUUCCAUGGCAACGUUAAGAGAAAAGACAAAAGAGGCCACACGAAAACUUCGAGCCCAGGGUUUCCACGUCAUAGAAACGUGGGAGCACGAAUUUCAACGGCAGAAGGAAGAAAAUCCAAACCUCCAAGCUUUCCUGGAUCAACACCAUUUGAGGGACCGGCUCAUUCCUUGCGAGUCAUUUUUCGGAGAACGGACCAAUGCCCUCAAAUUGUUCCACGAGGGAGACGCAAAAAAUGUGGAUUUCACGUCUCUCUAUCCAUGGGUUCGUAUUUUGUUACUAUUUUAAAUACUUUAAUGUGUAUGUUUUAUGAUGUGUUUUUCUGACUUUUUGUUCAUUCACAUGUGAACAAAUAUUGCGUCUACCCUGUGGGACAUCCGGAAAUCAUCACGGAAAGCUUCGGGGAUCUAGAAAACUACUUUGGCAUCAUUCAAUGCCUUGUCAUUCCUCCCCGGAACCUAUAUCUUCUAGUAUUGCCUUAUCGGUGCCGGAAGAAACUAAUGUUCCCCCUGUGUUGGACUUGCGCCUUUCUACAGUGUCAGUCUUUCUGUACCCACACAGAAAUCGGAAGAAGUCAAGCUGGCGAAAACGAAAAGAUCAAACAGGAAAGUAGUGGAUGGCCUUCGGAGUGUGUGACGUCUGAAGACAAAUUAAAGUAUAUUCGCCAGUAUGAAGAAAGAGAGGGGCGUCAAGUUGGACGCUGGAAAGAUUUCCAAGAACCCUGGGCGUC